GAGUGAGAUUUGCGAAUUGUGAUAGGCCUACCUUUCUACAAAAUAAAUUUUAGUCUUCUUGAAAAUUAUUGGCUUUUCGUAGAAUCUACUCAAGAUCGCUGGAUCGCCGAGGCAUGGGGUGCAAUAAAUCGAUCGUUCGUUUGGGGCCGGAGGAACCCUGCCGAAAGAAUGUGCGGAAGAACGUUUUAGGUUUACACUUGCAGAAUAUGUGGAGGCGAUGCGGUGCCAACAAGGUUGGACCAAGCAAACUUGAGACUUUGGAGCAACCAGGUAGUUUUCUUUAUACGGAAAACAAGCCCGAGUUUGAAGCUCCGAGCCAUGGAGCUGUUAAGACUGCCUGGGGAGAAAUGAACCAAGCCCAGGCCCAGAUUCUUUUGGAGCUGCAGUCGUUGGGCACUGUCAGCUUGACCACCACGGAUUCAGGUGCGAUCUCCUUCUCAUCAGUUGGAGACUGCAACGGGACCACGGGAGCUUUGCCAAAGCGCUGCAGGCCCCCAGCUCGACUCACUCGACUGGAUCGCGUACCAUCCUCGCCGGACUUCCAAACGGCCGAUAAACUGGAAAAAAAGAUGAAAGAUGCCGAAGAAAGGAGGAAGAAAAGGAAGGAGGCUUUGAAAGAUAUACGCGCCCACUUUCGCCAAGGGGAGCAACACCACGAGGUAGCAGCCGAAGCUGAGCGUGUCUUGAAGCACACGACAUCCGUCAAUGUUGCCGCAAAGCAGGCUGCUUUCCAAGAGCGAGUAGACCGACUGAGGGAAGCCCGCCUGGAGCGAGCCCGGGCCAAAUCGCGGGCCGGGGAAUAUGCCCAAGAACUGGCCAAGGAGACCGACGAACUCGUCCGGUUCAGGGCAGCCGAGAAACUCGCCAAGAAGCAAGAGCGAUUCGGAAAUCGGAUGCAGGAGCAGGAGGCCCUGACGAUGGAUCGCAUCAGAGCCACGUCUCACGUGGUUGAACGUGCUACAGAGGUCGUUAUUGAGGAAAACGGCAAAGAAUUUCAAGAGAAAACAGCGGAGACAACCUUGACCAAGACACGGGAUACAGCCGAGGCCAGCACUGAACGGAACGAGCGCUUCCGAACUCAACGGAUAUUGUUGGAUGAGCACCACCGUGGUUACAUUCGCAGGGCCCUAGCUCGUCGCUUAGCCGAAGAAAAAGAAGGGGCGAGGUAUGAUCCGGAUUAUGAUGUCGAGACAGCCCAGGAUAGCGAUGAUGACGAGGAGGACUUGUUCGAGCCCGAACUUAAGUGGCUCAUAUAAGGACAGUCAAAGAUUACGAAAUCUCAUCAUUAUAGAAAAAUGAGGUUGGAAAAAGAGAUUCUUUAAUCAUGUGCAUUGCUGUGAGAUCAUGUACAGUUUUGAAAAAGCUCACCUCACAGUGGGUCUGACUACAAAAGUUAACUCAGAAGUAGCAGUUGUUUGAAAUUGCUGAAUGGUUUGUUGUUAAAUUGUAAGGCACCAUUUUAAAAUUCUUAUCGGGUAGGUGUAGGACAGAACGGUCCGACCAAUACAUUUAUUAUCGCUAGCUAUCUGGUUAAGUGCUCUCAAGUGGCGAAUUCUAACUGAUAAAUGUCUUUUUACUGCAUUACUUCCAAGGCUAUAUGUGGUUUCAGUGGAGCAACAACCCCUCCAUUAUUCAAGUCACUGAUGGCCCUGUCCUAAAGUAAACCGAUAGGAGUUUUGAGAGGUGCCGUGACUGAACUGUGUGGAAGAAAUUUUGAUAUUUCCUUUAAGUUUUCGGUUCCGUCAAUAGAUGAAAGAGACUGGAAAAUAACGUUUUAAUACCUUCGUCUGAACGUAAUUAUUCCCUAUUCCUAAAGACUACUUCUGGUAAUCAAGUUUAAAAUAUACCAAACGCUUACCCCAUAAAAUGGCGAAACCAAAACGAAAUGACAGUUUUCAACAUCAUCGUUUAAAUUUACAGUUGACAGAGUUAACUUGAAGGAAACGUAAUCCAGCCAAAUAGUUUUUUUUAUACCUGGGGCAUAUUAAUGGCCGGAAAUGGUAUAUCAAGGCCCAUGUGGUUCUGCACAAGCUUUUUCCGACUCUGAUGAACCCUACCCUAUUUUUCCCUUGUCCCACACUAACGAAGCUUGGUGAAUUUAUGUUUUGGACGUUCUAGGACCCUAAGAAAAAGGGAGACACUGAAAUGUCUCGAUAUCUCGCUAGCUAUUAGUGAAGGGUUAAACACAAAGAUGAUGGAACAAACAACACAACAUCCCAUGCAAUUGACAGAUAAAUGAUAAGAUUAUAGGGUCCUUAUAAGUGCUAUGAUUUUUUUCUCGGAAAACGUUUUAUGCAAUUUUAUACUCUAUCCUCUUCUAAACAUUAGUUUAUAUCUUUUGGUGGUUAAGUGCAUUGAAAAGAGCACUUUCUUGCACGUUUGGAAUUGCCCAUACUGUUCCAGACAAGAUAGAGGCCACAGUUGCUGUGAUGUUAUUAUGGGCAGACAAUGUUUAAUUUAUAGGCAUUUUUUUUUUCAAAUUGUAAAUCAAAAAUUGAUAUAGGCCUACUCAUUGAAAAUAUUCUUGGAAAGGGUAGCCUGAUGAAUCACUAAAGGCAACAAAACCUAGUCCUAUAGGACAGCCAAAGAUUCAAAAUUUUAGCCUCUUUAUUGAGCACAGACCAAUACAACAUUGAGGCUUUCCUCCCUGGAAUAGCAUCACAGUCUUGCUCAUCAAUAAUUAUCGUGGAAAAUUUGUAUUUAGUAAAAAUACCAAAGAGGAACCAUUAGCAAAAGAAACAAUGGAAAUUAGGUUAAUUAAAACAUCAAGGUGCAUUUUCCGGGAUCUCAAUAAACGAAAUGCUUCAUUGCACGAACCCAAGAAUUAAGUGUGUUAAAGAUUAUGUCCGAUCGACAACAAAAACCAUGGCCAAACGUUGGCCCAAAAAGAUUCAUGUAAAUUGUAAGGGCUUGAUUCGACAAAAAAAUUUAACAAUUUGGAAUAAGUUUGUGUAGACCUUAUAAAGUUGAUUUAUCCUUGCAGUUUAAUUACAUAAACAAUGAAAUGCAAAUCUUAAUUAAGCAUGCAUUAGUAUCGUCACCAGGCUCUUACACCAUGACUUCGAACAUUUCUCGGAAAGCUGCAAGCUAAGAAAAUUUAUUGAA